UCAAUAUUCUUUAUUAAAAAAAAAAAAAAAAAAACGAAUCGAAACGCAAAUGGCAUCGUCGACAAAGAGCGAAACCGCCAUCGAUGUCGAGUCCAAAUCGACGAAGCGGGACGCCGCCGCCGCCGUGGCUCUGGCGAAGGCAACGCCGCUACAACACGGCCGUGCCAGCCGAGGCAUUGCUAUAUUUGACUUCGUUUUAAGGCUCUGCGCUCUCGCCGCCGCGCUCGCCGCCGCCGCCGCCAUGGGCACCACCGACGAAACUCUUCCCUUCUUCACUCAGUUCUUCCAAUUUCAAGCCAGCUACGACGACCUCCCGGCUUUCGCAUUCUUCGUAGUGGCGAACGCUAUAGUUGGAGGAUACUUAGUACUUUCUCUGCCGUUCGCCAUCGUCGCCAUUGUCAGAGCUCAUCUUGUCGGAGUAAAGCUUCUGCUGCUCAUUUUGGACAUGUUAGCGGUGGCUUUAACGACGGCGGCGGCGUCUGCGGCGGCAGCGAUCGUGUACUUGGCCCACAACGGGAACGCGAACGCCAACUGGUUCGCGAUUUGCCAGCAGUUCACAGACUUCUGCCAGCGGGUGAGCGGCGCCGUCGUGGCUUCCUUCAUUGCCGCCGGCCUUCUCAUAUUCUUGGUUGUGCUCUCCGCCGUCGCCCUCCGCCGCCACUGAUCAUUUUCAUAUCGUUAAAAAAUUUGAAAAAUGGCAGCUUGUUUGCCGAAGCCAUUUAUAUAUAUAUAUAUAUAUAUGUAUGUAUGGAGUGUGAUAAUUAAUGUGAUGUUCGAUUGUUUUUGUUUUGAGUGAAUAGUUAUAUAUAUAUAUAUGUAUAAUGUAUGUGUAAAUGCUUGCUUGGUGUUUGGGAAGCAAAUAGUCUUUUGGUUUGAUUUGAUUAAAGAA